AUGGACGCAACGGAGAAAGUGACGAAUUGUGUUUCGCUUGAGAGAUUGAGUUAUAUUCAUGAUAUGUUACAAACCGAAUUAGUGAUUGCUCCUCAGAAUUUAAUUAAUGACGACGGCACUUUUAAAAUCAUAACAACUCCUUUUAUUCUUUUAAACACUUUAAUAAAUGUAUUAGAAAAAAAUACUAUUCGAGUCGAUUGUGUAGAACUCAUCGGUUCUUCAGUACGAUCUCUCAUUUAUGACGACUCAGAUGCAAUCGACAUCUCCGACAUCGACAUCGCUUUCCAAAUCAAAAAUGUGCAAUUCGAUAAUGUCCUCAUGGCUGAAGAAGAAGCUUUGCUUCUCAUCGCAAAGAACAACAAGAUGACACUCACACAGAACGACAUUCCAUCCUUUUUCUUCAACAAGGCGCUAGUGAUGGAGCCCGUUCCAUGGGCGUUAAUUAGUGUUGGGUCUCUUGGGUGUACAGUGGAUAUCAAAGUUUCUGCACAUCCGCCGAUAUCGGACUUUUCUGUGAACUCUCUCAACUUGGACUUGACCGAUCUUAUAAAGAAUGGGAUCGAGUUCUCUGCAAUUGUGCCUAUCACAUCUCAUGAAUGGGAGGUACAACAAGUAUUUGAUGACAUAGAAAAGAGAGUGUUGAGGUGGAAGGACGCUUCUAUGAGACGAAUGGGCCUUCGUUAUGUUCUGAUGCUCGUAAAAGGAUUUGUCGAUGCGUCGACGGAAGGAAAAAAAGAAUUUGGGGAAAACAUAACGAAAGAGUUUUUGGACAAACCUGACGGGUAUUUCAGCUGGGAAAUCGGGAAAUUCAUUCACCGUCAUUUUUGUAAGAAUGGGUAUGACUUUGAUGACAUUUUCAAGUUCUUGUCUUUCCUUGACGAAACCCUCAAGAUAAACCAGCAGUACGGUCUUUUUGGCAAAAAGAUCGACGAAAACGUCAUAGUAUAUAAACAGAUAGAAAGAAACAUUAUGCAACAAGAAGACCAAAAUUGA